GCCACCAGGUACAUGGCAACUGGACCCACAGGUGGGCCCAUUCAUCAUUCGUCGAGCGAUCACUAUUACCCCCCUCCCCAUGGUCCCAAAGAAGACCGUAUCUGGAGCCCUCACAUGGACAGCUACGAGCUGAUGCACCGUGGUCCUGAAAAGCCAGCGAGUUAUCACUCUAAAAUUGAUGCUGAUAUCGACUCCCUCACCAGUAUGCUCGCAGAUCUGGACAGCCACCCACAGGACUCCAGCACACAACUGUACGACAAUGUGCCUUACAACAAGUACCUCUCAGGGGAUCACUACAAGACUGCACACCAGAGCGCAGCCCCUCCUCAGGGUCGACCAUCCAGGGGCUACCCCGCUCAUCCCCAGAGCCAAUACCACCCAGCGCCCCCCUACCCAAGCGAGCACCAGUCACCUCAGUACUCCACCUCCCACCGGCAGGACUACUACUCCCCAUCUUCAACCCCUAAGCCCUACUCUCAAUCCUACCCUCAGCCCGUCCCGGCCUCCUACACCACUGCCUCAACUCCUACUGGGCCCAGGUUCAGCGUCCAGGUCAAGACGGCGCAGCCUGUCACCUACUCUCAGACAGGCAGGCAGGCUGAACAGGCCUACACACCACCACCUCCUCGCCAGCAUGUGUCCCGCCCCCCUCCCCAGACUCAGACAAGUCCGCAGGGCUGGUACCCUUCACAUCCCAGCUCACAAGCUCAGGAGAUGCACUCUGAGGCGGUGUACAAGGGGAGCGGCUCAGGACCUGGAGGAAGAGUUAACCAGGUUCCAUUGUCCAAGAGAGGGAUGGAAAAUCAAACCGGGUCAGGGGCAGCACAGAGUCCUGCUUAUCAGUCCAGCAAGGGAAUAGCAACAACUAGGCCUGAGGAAGAGUUGGAUCGACUCACCAAGAAGUUGGUAUAUGAUAUGAACCACCCCCCCGUGGAGGACUAUUUUGGCCGCUGUGCCCGCUGUGGUGACAACGUGGUUGGCGACGGCAGUGGUUGCAUCGCCAUGGAGCAGGUGUUCCACGUGGAGUGUUUCACAUGCAUCACCUGCCACGCCCGUCUCCGAGGGCAACCCUUCUACGCCCUCGACAAGAAGAGUUACUGCGAGAGUUGUUACAUUAGUACAUUGGAGCGCUGUUCAAAGUGCUCCAAGCCAAUCCUGGACCGUAUCCUGCGGGCCAUGGGAAAGGCCUACCAUCCUCGCUGUUUCACAUGUGUGGUCUGUAACUGCUGCUUGGACGGGGUGCCCUUCACCGUGGAUGCAACCUCUCAGAUACACUGCAUCGAUGACUUCCAUAGGAAGUACGCUCCUCGCUGUUCAGUUUGCGGUGAGCCCAUCAUGCCCGAACAGGGCCAGGAGGAGACGGUGAGGAUAGUCGCUCUGGACCGCAGCUUCCAUGUUAACUGUUACGUCUGUGAGGAAUGUGGGCUCCUGCUGUCCUCUGAAGGGGAGGGCCGAGGCUGUUACCCGCUGGACGGCCACAUCUUGUGUAAGAGCUGCAGCGCUUGCCGCAUCCAGGACCUCUCAGCCAAAAUCUCCACUGACUGCUAACGAAAGCCUUUUUGCGUGCGUCCGCUCCACCUUUCCAGCACUCUCACGAAUCCACGCACAGUCAACGUAUUACACAUUACUGACGGCGCAGGCAGGAAAUGCCCCUGCUUUGCUCAGUCUCGUGUGAGGUGCUUUUCCUUUUCUUUUUUGGUUGCGUUGACUGUGACAUAAACUUUGCUAUAGUUCCCUCUGUUGGUAUCCCGCUGUAAUUUAAUUUGCAGAGAAACAUGUUUUGAGACGGAGUCCUGAUGGAGCAACCACCUCGCUUGUUUCCAUUCAAUCAGAUGUCCUGCUACAUUUUCUUUCUUCUUUUAAUUUGGUACACCGUUGCCCCAUUUUUCACGUUUAGUUCAGUAUUAGUAUGACCGUGGCCUGACCUGCAGGCAGCUUGGGCUCCACUUACCAUUUAUCGGUACUGCUCAACUAUUAGCUUGCACAUUAUUAUCAUUGUCUUAAGACAAUGAAAGUAUGGAAGCAUAACAUAAAUUUGGACCUGAAAAUGAGGGUCUUUUUUUUUUUUUUUUUUUUUUUUUCUUCAGAGAAGCAGCAUUAAUGAUAAUAAAUGACAUUUGUAAAACACUAAAUGUCAAAGUGUAGAACUGCCUCAAAGCAAGCAUAUAAAAAGCACAUAAUGCAACAACUGUGACUGUACAUAACAGGCUGGUUUGGUUUGAUCAAACUGUUCCCAACUAUUUUGGAAGUAGCCAUCAGUGCAGUGGAUCUUUGCGGAGAAGUAGCCUCAUAUAGCAGGAGAAAUGUAGACAAAAGGAAUGAGUAGUUAACCUUACAACCUAGACGUUUAUUAUUUUUAUUUAAAUAAUUAAUUAUUAAAUGCUAGUACAGUAUUUGCUAGAACAAAUCUGGUGUACAUCUCCAACAUAACAAUAUCAUGUUUAGUUAUUAAAUCGACGCUCAUAACAGGAUUGUUGCCAUUAUGUUUUGGUUUUUUUAUUCAUCAAGAAUAAUACUUUUGAAUGUCUACAACACACAAUCUUGCUUUGGUUUGAAUAACAUUUGUUGUUGGUUGAUACUUGACUGUUACUGUACAUUUGAAGAUGACGGUGCAAUGAAGUCAAAUGCUUUCUUCUGUCUUAGGAAAACAGGGUGUUGGUUCGCUAGAAAACAUCCUGAAAUUUGAGAUCAUGUGAAGAGUUUCUACAUGUCCUGUGUGUCAGUUAGAGGAUGUAUGAAACUAAACUUCUUCUCAAUUUACAAGUAUAUCAAGUUCAUUGAUUUACAUACAAAAAUACUUUUACAUACUGGUUAAAGUGGACUUUAAUAUGAUUUUGGAAUACAACGCAUUUGAUGUUUGUUCAUCCUUGCACUCAUGUGGGCCGAGUUGUCACUCUGAGACUUUGGAGCUACAGUAUUUGUUACGAUUAUGUCUAACCUCCGUCUUUCCGGCCGGAUUUUGUAUUUGUGUAUCUUAAAGGGCUAGAAAUUUGAAAGCCUUAUCUCAAGGAUGUCCUUCAGUUUCAUAAUGAUCCUUUUUUUUUUUUUUUUUAAACUGGAUUUGUCUGUGAAAUCUUGUGUUUUUGUUUUGAUCAUGCUAAAACGGUUCAGUUGCAUUUGUUCAUCACUUGUUAAUUUAUCUCACAAUGUAUAUACCGUAUUAAUCUGCUUUUUAUCUCCAAGGUUAUCAUUUCAUUCACGCUCAGAUGUGUCAUUUUUUAAAUCCUGACCCUUCAACUCUUGUGUCAUACUCCUUGAAUCCCAUCAUUUAGUUUUUGUCAUCCGUUGAUUAUGCUUACCAUGUGUUCAGUUUGAAAUGCUGUGAAUUGGAGCCUGUAGAUGAAAGCCAGUGGUACUGCAGCAGACCUCGUCCACUGAUGAGUUCAGGCAUUUUGUACAGAAUAAGCAAGUUGUUGAAGUAGAAAUUGGUAGUUAGUUACACUACAUUGGAGAGCAUGUGAACACAUGGGUGGAUUUUCUCUUAAUACAGGUUGUAGCAAUACAAUUGAUUAUUAAAAUGACAAGUAAAUCUGUA